GGGCGUUUGCCAUGUUUGCCUUUAUUUGUGUCGAUUUUAAUUAUUUCUUGUAAAAAAACUGAACAAUUUUGGCCCUGAAAAACAUAGUCUAUCUGUUUAUCAUGCCCGCUUAGGCUGGUACUUUAUUACUAGUGCUUUGUGUCUUAAAAUAUCAGAUAUUCAGAUAUAGCUGUGGCUUCUUGUAUCUAUAAAGGGAUGUGGAAAGCUCGUAACCCUUUAAAAUUAAAAAUAAAUCUACAAUGUUGUUAUGAGUUGUAAUUUGUAUUCUAUUUUAAUUUUAACAUAUAGCGAAAAGUUAAAAUGAUUUCAUCUAUUCUCUUUUUAUCUCUUACUUCAUUGAGUAUGGCUUUCGACAAAGCUUCAUUCUAUGGUGCCAGUUACAUUUCAUACCCUUUGCAAGAAGCAAAAGGAGUGACUGACAUCAGCUUUCGUUUCCGGACACACCUUUCUGAUGCAUUGCUUCUAUUGGCUGCUGGAAAAACUGAUUAUUGUAUGAUUCGUUUGGAGAGUGGUCGGGUGAAAUUGCAUAUAAACUUGGGAGCUGGUGAAAGUGAGCUGACGUCAGCUAAAGGGGUGUACCUCAACAACUCACAGUGGCACCAUGUCAGUGUCAUCAGGCGGGAAGCCAAUCUUACCAUGAAGGUUGAUGACAACACCGUGAAGAGGAGGCUACCAGGCAGAUUCUUUGAACUCAACAUUCAUUUCGGUAUCUUCCUCGGCAGUCAGGGAGACUUUUCUGAACUGUUCCUGGGUCACAUGGAAAAUUUUAGGGGCUGUAUGGAAGAUGUCUUCUACAAUGGUGUUCAAAUAAUAGAAAAGGCUCGAAGUCGAUCUGGCUCAGUGCAUGUAGAGGGUGUCACAUGGAAUUGUGCUCUAGAAUUUGAUGCGGAUAUAAAUUCAGAUAUCAGUUUCAUUGAAGAAGGUGCCUACUUGAUUCUGCCCAAGAUUAAUUCUAGAGCUGGAGGAAGGUGGCAAAUAGAGUUCAAGACCAUAAUGCAGAACGCGAUAAUUCUGUACAACCCUGGCGGAGGCAGAGGCUCUGAUUUCCUGGUGGUGGAAAUACUUGAGGGUGUAGUACGUGUGAAGAUGGCCCGAGGACAGAUCCUGCACUCUGUGCAUGUUAGUGAUGGACAGUGGCAUAAAAUGCAUCUAUUAUUCAACCCUUCCUUGAUUGAGCUCUCAGUGGAUAGUGUGGCAAUGAGUUCAAGGAUCGAGAGCAGUGGGACACGAUACCUGGAUUUAUCUGACUCUUUCUAUCUUGGCGGUAUCGAGACAGAGAAACGACAGAGAGCCUUCGCCAAGGGCAUCAAAGCCGCUGACUCGAGUAUUAUGGGCUGCAUAAAGCCGGUGGAGGUGGACGACAAGCUGUACGGGCUGCCCAACGCGCUCGUCACCUACGGCGUGAGUCCCAAGUGCGCCUGGUACUACCCGUGUCACGCGUCGCCGGCCAACCAGCCGUGCGUGCCGCAAGCCGUGUGCGAGCAACAUGGUGUGGACCACUUCACGUGCAAGUGCGAGCUGGAUCUGUGUAUUAAUCCGGAUUACUCGGAGAAGUAUAAGGUGUUCUCCAAAUCCAGCAGCGAUCUAGAGUUAGUGGCUCUGUACCCCCUUACAGUACAAGAGGGAGGGGUCUCCGUGAUAUCGAGACAGAACAUCGACGUUAUACUAGACCACCACAAGUAUGGCGUGAGACCGUCAGGGGUUAUUCUACAUGUCGCUGAAAGCCCCCAACAUGGCCGCAUAGCUAUAGACCUCUCGUUGCAAAGGACACUGCCUCAGCAUAAGAACUAUAUUGAUAGUGAUGGGAAGUCUAAACAGUACUUCACACUCAUGGAUCUGUCAAGGGAUAAGGUCCGAUACGUCCACGACGGCUCAGAGAACCACCAGGAUGCGGUGGUGUUGGACAUGGAGCUGGUCCCAGAGACCAAGUUCACUCUGCCCAGUUACCUUCAAGGAAGGAACACGUUUGUGCUUCAUAUAAAUGUGACCCCGGUCAAUGACCCGCCCGUUCUUGUGAAUCUUGUGCCGGGCAAAGUGUUGAGGCUCACUCAGGGUACACGAAAAGUGAUAACAUCAGAUAUUCUGAAAGCGGAGGACCCUGAUACUCCUCCUGAAGAUCUUUUGUACACCAUCGUUCACGGAAGAAAUGAAAUCAACAGUGGUCACAUAGAAAUGUCUGGUCAGCCAGUGGACUCAUUCACACAACAGGACAUAGAUUCGGGGGUUAUAUCUUACGUGCAUGACUCCAACAACGACAAACAAUCGAACAAGACGUCGCAAAAGUUGACUUUACAGGUAUCCGAUGGUAUUGAGACAAGUGCUCCUGCGGUGCUGCGUAUAUCAAUAGUUCCGUUGCAAGUACGUCUAGUGAACAACACGGGGUUGCAGUUGGUGCACAAUUCGUUUGCAUUGAUCACUGCCGAUAAUCUCACGUUUGCCACCAAUGCGGACGAAAACAGUGCAGAGGUCAAGUACGACAUAGUGAAACCGCCCCAGUUCGGCGUGGUGGAGCGGCUGCGAGUGGUCGACGGCACCUGGCAGACGGUGGACUCGUUCACCAGCGAGAUGCUCACGUUCCGGCGGGUGCGCUACAUGCAUCUGUUGGGGAGCCCCGCGCAUGAUGAGUUUAAGUUCAAAGCAUCCGUUGGAACAAUCCGGACGAAUACACUCUACGAUUUCCGGUUAACAUUCAUAAAACUUGAGUUAUACCAAACGAUCAAUGAGGAGCUGGUUUUGAAUAAUACAAGAGAGGCAUUUAUAUCGUCCCAGCAUUUACGGUUUAGCACGAAACCGCUACCAUUGGCUAGCGAUAGAAUUGCUUACACGAUCAUAAGACCUCCUAAGUACGGAAUACUGCAUCUGUCGGCGGGAAAGCAUCAUUUGUCCAUGCAUAGCUCGUUCACACAACAACACAUCGAUAACGACCAGCUGUGGUACCGUUUGCAUCGUCGAGCGUACUCGCACAUUCAAGACGAAUUCUCUUUUGUUGUCGGUGCCACGGAAUGCGAUAAUAUCACUGGAGUCAUGACUAUAAGGCACACGCCCGGCUUGACUUCCGCGGAACACACGUCAGGAAGAAUUCACACGACGUUGGAGAGGCUGCAAGUGACAGAAGGUUCUAGAAUGGUGAUACCAGCGACGCACUUAAACUUCCGCACAGAUGUAGUCACCAACCUCGUCUUCAAUGUGACUCGUUUGCCAAAACACGGGAAAAUUGAGGUUGUGAACAACGACCUGAAAAUUAUGAGGGAUAACACCACUUAUUUCACACUGCAGGAGUUGAAUUCAGACCGGGUUUACUACACGCACGACGACUCUGAGAGCAGACAUGAUUCGUUCCACUUCAUGGCUCUCAGUUCUGAGCCCGAAGAUUUUCAGUAUGUUGGAGUUUUCCACAUCGAUAUAAUCCUGAAGAAUGACAACAGUCCAGUGAGGGCUACGGACAAGGUGUUCCACAUCGUCCACGGAGGUGCUCGCCUAAUUACAGCCCGCGAUCUGAGUUACACAGACGCUGAUUUAGACACUAAACCAUCGGAUAUAAUCUACACAGUGCAAAGCCAAAGAUACACGAAAGACCCACCAAACGGUGCGAUAUACAGAGCGGACAAUCCUUCAGAGCAAAUAGAGACAUUCUCUCAAGACGAUAUAAAUAAAAACCUGGUCCUAUUCAAGCAUCAAGGCAAAGAGUAUGGAAAGAUAGCGUUUUGGAUUUCUGAUGGGCUUUUCGAUGUGAACGGCCACUUGGAAAUACAAGCAUCGCCGCCGUACAUCCGCAUGUACCCUAUCAAUGGGUCCAUUGUUGAGAACGGGAAAGCUGUUGUUAUUACCACCCGGGAUAUGCAGGUGGACACAAACAUGAACUGCCUAGAAGAGGACAUCCGCUACCAAGUCACAUCGCCUCCUCGUCACGGCGCGGUGGACAGCGAGGGCGCGCCGGCGAGCGGCUUCACCCAGCUCGACGUGGCCGGCGGCCGCGUGGCGUACCGGCACCGCCAGCCCAACACGCAUGCCGACAGCUUCAAAUUCAAGGUGUACUGCAUGGAUACUUGGGGCGAGGGUGAGUUCGUUAUCAAGAUCUACCCGUCGAGCUACUGGGAGCCUCUACGGGUCUCCACCAACAAGCCUCUGGUGGUGGAAGAGUCUACCAGUGUCAACAUUACGUAUCAUGUCUUGGAGGUAAUGAACCCACAGAUAGAGCCAAGCAACAUUGUAUACCAAGUAACAGAAGGCCCGUACCACGGCUGGCUAGAGAUCACAUCAACCCCAGGCACGAUCGAGCUAGAAAACUACAACGAAGAGCCAGUACACACCAAAGUAUUCGAUCAAUCCAUUAUAAACUCCAACAGACUAGUUUACGUCCAGUCCGGGGUCAAUAGAACCAGAGACAAGAUAGUAAUGGACGUGACAAAUGGAAUAGUGUGGCUGAAGCAUAUUGAGUUGACCAUAAUCAUCAUCCCAGAACACUUCUACAUAGUCCCAGCAAAUCUGACGGUAGUCGAAGGAGAAGCUGUCAGUAUAAAGCCAGAAAUGUUCAGGACCAUCACUGAGUAUUACAGAGGAAAAGUGGUACUUUACAAAGUGCUUGAGAAGCCAAAGUAUGGGAAGAUCAUGAUCGGUGAUCAGGAAUUAGGUUUGUUGCCGGUACUCAAGUUGAAUUCUGGGAAUAUUCAGUACAUAAACGACGGUUCAGAAGAGACCACAGACAGUGUGAGACUGGUCGCCGUCACAGAGUCGGGGAAAGAAAGUGACCCGUUUAGAGCCUACAUCAACAUAGUUCCCGUGAACGAUGAGACGCCGAUAGUGGCCGCCAAUACUGGCCUGUGCGUGUGGGAAGGAGGCACUUUCACCUUCUCCAGGAAUGAACUAUAUGUAAACGAUAUUGACACACCAUUGGAAAAUGUGACAAUCAGCGUAGUGGACAUUGCGUCCGGCUACAUCGCUUAUAAAGGCGAGCUGGAAACGCCCAUACAUAAGUUCUCGCAAGCUGAAAUUGAUGAAGGAAAAGUAUUAUUUGUACACAAAGAUGGAUCAAAAGGUAAAAUGAUUUUCAACGUAUCCGAUGGACUGCACGAGCUUUCCAAAAUAACAUUCCUGAUCACAACAAAACCGGUGUUCCUCAAACUGAUUCGCAAACAAAGCCUACGCGUGUUCCCUCUGAUGAGAGAGCCUCUAAACACAUACCUGCUGAUGGCCAGGUGCUCAGAUCCUAACAGGAAAGUGGUGUAUAAAAUAGAAAGAGCGCCAUUACUAGGACGUCUUGUGAUGCUCGGCGAUGACAAUAGACAUAGGACCGUCAAACAGUUCACACAACAAGACUUGAACGACACUCUAGUCUACUACGAACACACACACCCAUUCUCUGACCUCUAUACCAAUGACUCGUUUGUAUUCAAAGUUGAAGCGGCCAGGGCUAAGACGCUACCCGAGCAGACAUUCAACAUAGACAUUUCAGUGUCCUCGGGAGGAUUAGCCAAAUAUGUCCAUAUCCCUGUGACUAAGGUGCAAGAGGGAGGGAACAUACCUAUUCAUGUGAAUGUGACGAAUGUUAUUACAUAUUUGGAGACGCAGGCUGGGUUAAGACAGCCACAAGUGGAAGCGCAGUGGUCUCAACCUUACCACGGCGUGUUGAAGCCAUCAGUCUCCUCGCUGACUCAAGCACAGCUGGAAAGUGGGGCUGUGACCUACGAACACGAUGACACCGACACUUUAGAAGACAAAAUUGACAUGGCUCUUUACCUCCUACCCGAUUACGUUUUACUUUGCAACGUGACGAUUACCAUACAUGUCGUGCCAGUGAACGACCAGCCGUUUAGACUGCUCACAGAAACCCCACUCAUACAAGUAGUGCAAGGCGAGAAUUACACCAUAACCAGAGACGACUUACAGACGGAAGAUGCUGACACUCCGCCCAGCGGGAUUCUCUACGACAUAAUCAGCGGCCCUAUUCAAGGACGCAUAGUGAUGCUGAACAAAAACUAUACGAUAGAUAAAGCGCAGUCGGUAAAUAAAUUCACUCAAGAGGACAUCAACUUCGGGAGAGUCAUUUACGAACACUCGGGCCAGCAGCAAACCGCCACUUUCUACUUCCGUGUUUGGGAUGGAGAGUUCAAGCCGACCUACAAAGUAUUCACAAUAGAUGUGAUUCCAGUAUUCCUGAAUGCGACGGCGAUGGUGCCCAUUUAUCUGCAGCAAGGGUCGAAUGUCGCCACUGUUACUCCAGAACAAAUUUUCGUCGAGACUAACGCAAAGAAGUCGAAUAUUCACUACAACAUAACUAGACAGCCACUGCACGGGAUGAUAUAUGUCGGAAGGAACCCUGUGACGCACUUCACACACAAUGAUUUGCUGGAGAAGAUAGUUAUUUACAUGCAAAACGACAUGACGACCGCUAACGAUAGCUUUGAGCUCGUCGCAUCCGUUCACGAUAGUAAUGGAACUCGGCCAUUCUCUGUUGAGAUUAUUGUGCAACCGCUUAUGGCACUUAGUGAUUUGAGGGUCGACAGUAUCAAAGCGAGAAUAACUCUUCACACAAUGGAUGCGACAGGGCUCGCGAAGCUAACGGCCAGCGACCCAGUGUACACUAUUGUGAGGAAACCUCGAUACGGGACUGUGAAGAAGAUAAUAAGGAGUUCAGGGGGACAGACCAGUGCUAGGGAAAGAGAAGUGGCGUAUUUCACCCACGAGGACGUGAAAGCUGGUGUCAUUUAUUUUGUGACGAAGAAAAUGCCGACUGAACUGAACGGGAUCGAAGACAACUUCAGGUUUCUCCUCGCCGCGUCUAUAUUCCAGCCGGCAGCUGGGGAGGUCAAGAUAUUUAUUGGCAACAGACUGAAAAAGAAUUUGCCUGAUCCAAACGACCCAGAGAGCCAUGAGGGGGUUCCGGUCGCAAACGGCGAAACAGCAUCAUACUACAUGAUGAUUCUAAUGGCUCUCUCCGGGACAGUGCUAGCAAUAAUCGUGAUAUUCGGCCUGCUCAAGUGCAAGCAGUAUCUGUCUCGAGACCAGAACGCCUUGGUGAAGAUCCACGGGCAGAACCAGGGGGCGGUGGCGCCGAUACCGCUGCCGCGCCCGCCGGACCACCUCAUGCCGUCGCCCACGCAAGUCACGCCGCCUAUUAAAAGAUACGUCUCAUCAGACCAGUGCAUCCACACGGGCUCGUCGACGCCGCUGCCCUCUGGCGGCAGCGUGGCCUGCAAGGUGACCCCGCUCAACGACGCCGGCGCUCCCGACCUCAACACGAGAUACCCGUAUGGAGACGUCGACCACACUGACGCGGAAGACUGGAGCAGCUACGAGGCGAGCGAGUCGGCGUACCCGGUGCGGGCGGGCGCGGCGCCGCAGAACCCCAUGCUGAGACGCAACCAGUACUGGGUCUGACCUUCGGGCACCUUCAGCACCCUGCCUCGGGGCGCUACGCAAGCGUACUCUGAGCCAGAUGAAGUGGUGAAGUCAGCUACACUGAGCCGCAAGCUGUACAAGCGUCGCGGGGUCGACUUAGUUCCUACGCCUUUUCUACUCAGCAACUAUCAGGUACAAAGCAAACACUACGAGAGCUGUGAAGUCACCGUGUGAACGGAUCAGCUACUCUCCCGUCGUACUCGACAAUAGUCGUGCUCUGUAAGGGAAUGUAAUGGUUCAUCCACAUUCGAUUAAUUAGUUCAGUAUUAGCGCAUAUAAGUUUUCGUCACACAAAUUUCUAUGGAGUUGUUUGGGCGAAACAUUCUGUGGGCUAACGGUUCACGGUUUAACUUUUUGCGUCCCUAAGCCGCGAUAUCGCACCUGACGACAAUAGAUUUCAAUUGUGUUUGAUUUCAAGGGAUUUAAGCGGUUAAUGGAAUGUGGAUUAUCCGUUUCAGACUCGUUCUGUCGAUAGUUGGAUACUGUGCUUUAGGUAUAAGUUGUUAGCGUUUAGGUGUGUGCUAUGAUAAUGUGCCAACAAAUCUCAAAAUGUUCACUCCACUUGUAUAGUGAUGGGUACCUGUCUAACGCGCAAUGUUGAUCCUUAAACUGACCAACAAAAGUGCUACGUUAGUUUGGUACAGUAGGCAUCCGACUCUCCUUUGUAUAAAAUAUUGUAAUGGCUUAUAUUCUAUUUGAUCUGUCGUAUUUUCGUUGGUUGGUCUAAGGAAAGGAUAUUUUAUAUGACUUGUGCUAAUUUCUCCAUUGUCGGUUAGAGUAUAACCAGGUAUUAGUGGUUGACUUUUGACACAUCUGUUAAGAAUUUUAUAUGGAGAUGACGUAUAAUUGAUUAACC